AUGCUAUGGGAAGCGAUGCCGAUAGCCUCAAUGCGUCGGUCGCACACAUCGUGCUGUGCUGCGUGGCCGGGAAGGGAAUUAGCCGCAUGUCUGGUAAAAGCUUUACCCAUCCUGGGAUGCAUGCCAAUUUCUUCAUACACGGAGUGCUGGGAUUCUUCCACUACCAAAGUGGAAUACUCAACAACGACUUUAAAGAAGCCUACAUGAUAAGCCUGCGUGCGUCCCGCUACCUCGCUCUGCCAUGUCUAAUGGCGGAUCUCCGGCGGGGUGACCACGCCAUCUCUGCCAUUCACCUGAUGUCAGGGCUCGUACCCUUUGCCCUCUCCCUCGUCGGCGAAGACAACGUCCCUCUAGGAAACCUGAUGAUCGCUUGCAAUAUUAUCGCACUCUGCCACUAUUCUUUCUCCACGAACCGCGAGUGGGGAUGGUAUACCGCGGGUGCAGCUGUCAUCGCUUACUUCCUCUCCCCCCAGACAGAGCAGAAGAUGCUUUACCCCCUAACCUUGGCUAUGAUGGAGUACUGCGCAUACAGAGUCUUCCACAUUCACUAUGACCCCCCGCCUGCACCGCCUCCAAGGCGAUAA